AUGGCGCGCCGGCGCAACGGCGGUGCAGCUGCUGGUACCGGGUCUGGCUCGUCUUCGGGUCAACAUCAUCCGGUAUCUUCCAGCAGUUCCGGAUUUGGCUUUUCCGGUCUGCGUCGUGAACUACAUUUACACAAUUUAUUCCGACGGUCCACAGCUGCAGCGGCCGCCGCCGCAGCUACCACUAACACCACCAACAACAAUACGUCAUCGACGACAACUUCUUCAAAUUCAUCUAAUCCUAGUGCUAGUUCUAAUCAUUUAUCAACGGCCACUACUAGUGUCAGUCCUACCCCUGUUGCUCUAACCGGCCCACAGUCUGCGUCGUCUCCAUCGUUAGAUUCUGUUAAGCAUAUGAAGCCCGGUGGUUCAGUUUCAAACACCUCUAAAUCAUCGGCUUCUGUGUUAUUUUCAAUUGACGAUUCGUGUGUGGGAAACGCACCCGCAGGCAUGGGCUGUUCCCGAUCCACGAGCUGCUCAAGCAGUAGUUCUGUCACGCAUAGCUUGCGAGUUCAUCCGUUGUUCAGCUCGGAGCAGCAUCACCACUCGUCGUCAGCCUCGCCGAUUGGAGCCGGUCAUCUAGUGCCGUCGCAGCAUCAGCAAAUGCUUCAACAGCAGCCGCAUAUGGUUCAUGCACGGCGUGAAUCAUUCUUGUAUCGACCGACUGCUGAUGAUCGUGAGGUUCUACGACCCGUCAGUCGAGCAAGCUCUAUAGCAUCGAAUGAUCAUGGACAUGGUGACGAUCUGAUUGUGACACCAUUCGCUCAACUAUUGGCCAGUCUUCGUAAUGUUCGCGCCAAUCUCAUCUCCAUCAGCAACAUUCCGAAUGCUGAUGAGGGUCGACAUGCUUCACGUACAUCAAAGAGGCCGCCAUUACACAAUACUCCUUUACCCGAUAAUGUCGUGACUUGUGCUCAAGAAACUUUAGAAGAAUUAGAUUGGUGCCUGGAUCAAUUGGAAACUAUUCAAACACAUCGUUCUGUCUCGGAAAUGGCUUCAAGCAAGUUCCGAAAAAUGCUCAAUAAAGAACUCAGUCACUUUGCUGAAUCAUCUAAAUCGGGUACACAGGUUUCCAAAUUCCUCAUUACAACUUAUAUGGAUAAGGAUGAAGAUGAUGGUACUGUAGAGAUUGAAGUACCUGGAGAGGUAAAUGGUCCAUCCACAUCAUCUCCUCAGUUGCCGAUGGGUCUUCUGAAGAAGGCUCAGACAGCGGCCAUGAACCGAAUCUCGGGUGUCAGGAAGCUUCGAGCUCAUUCGCACGAGGGUAACUUACCUGAAUAUGGAGUGACAUGUGCCAAGGAGAUAGCUGUUUAUAUGCAACGUAUUAACGAUUGGGGUCCAGAUGUUUUCAAAAUAGAUGAAUUAUCUAAGAAUCAUGCUUUAACUACAGUUACAUACACAUUAUUCAAAGAACGUGGCUUAAUUAAAGCCUUUGAAAUUCCAUCUUCAACACUUGUAACUUAUCUUCUUAAUUUGGAGCAUCAUUAUCGUAGUAAUCCUUAUCACAAUCACAUUCAUGCAGCUGAUGUAGCUCAAUCUAUGCAUGUCCUCUUAACAUCCCCAGUGUUAACGGAAGUUUUCUCUGAUUUGGAAGUAAUGGCUGCCAUCUUUGCUGGAGCGAUACACGAUGUUGAUCAUCCAGGGUUCACCAAUCAAUAUCUUAUUAAUUCAAAUAAUGAAUUGGCAAUUAUGUACAAUGAUGAAAGUGUUCUUGAACAACAUCAUCUGGCUGUAGCUUUUAAGCUUUUACAAGAUUCAAAUUGUGAUUUCUUGACAAGUUUAAGUCGAAAACAACGUCUUCAAUUCCGUAAAAUCGUAAUUGAUAUGGUAUUGGCAACCGAUAUGUCAAAGCACAUGUCUCUAUUGGCCGAUUUGAAGACAAUGGUUGAGGCCAAGAAAGUAGCUGGAAACAACGUGAUCGUUUUAGAUAAAUACAAUGACAAAAUUCAAGUCCUGCAGUCCAUGAUUCACUUGGCAGAUCUUUCGAAUCCCACUAAGCCCAUAGAUCUUUAUCGUCAAUGGAAUAUGCGAAUUUUGGAAGAAUAUUGGAGGCAAGGCGACAAAGAGAAAGAACAUGGUCUAGAAGUUUCUCCUAUGUGCGAUAGAGGAAAUGUAACAAUUGAAAAAUCACAAGUUGGCUUUAUUGAUUAUAUCGUUCAUCCACUCUAUGAAACCUGGGCUGAUCUUGUCUAUCCUGACGCUCAAAAUAUUUUGGAUCAAUUGGAAGAAAAUCGAGAAUGGUACCAAUCACGAAUUCCUGAAGAGCCGUUGACGGCUCGAGAUGCAUCCGAAGAGAACCAUACGGAGAAGAAAGAAGAAAUUCAUGCAACAGCAACGUCAUCAGCAUCUUAG